AUGGCUGAGCAAACCUACAAUUCCGACCAGACUAUGUCCGCCGCCGAAGAGGAGGCCCUCGUCGCAUCCGGGGAAGACCUCCUGGUUGAUGACCUCCCCGAAGGCCUGAUCGAUCACCUUGCUGACUCUGCUGAGCUCCCCGUCGCCAAAAAACCGUGCUUCGACGCUGGCGCUAGCCACUCCCCCUCCUCCCCCUCCACCAACAUCACCGCCUCCCCCGAAUCGGCCCAGGCGCAUCAGACACGCCUGCCUGUAGCCUCCGCUGCUGCUGCCUCCAGCGUGCAGCCGAGUGGCCCCCCGCCCUCGCAGACAGCCACCGCUAACGCCCCCAGCGCCCCGGCAGGCCGCGCUGCCGCUUACGCGUCCGUCGCCUCGGGCUCAAACCCGUCCCUUGGGCUGCCCGCCUCUCCCUUCGCCUCGCCCCUCCCGGGUACCCCCCCCCGCAACCUCCGCCGCGCACGUCUGACCGCUGUUUCCCCUUUGCUGCUCCCUCAGCGCCGCCGCGUGGUCGUAUCCCUCCUCCUCCCUGAAGCCGAGCUGGAAGCGCACCGCACUGCGAUCUUUGCAGGCAUCAACGCGAUGCUGUGCGGUUUCAUGUUCGAAGCUGGCACCAUCCCGCCUUUCGAGCAGACCGUCAGUGAUCCCCUCCGCAUGGCCCGUCGCGUCUACGGCCGCCUGCAGUUUUCAUGGCCGUCGCAGGCGGACGCAACUGCCUUCCGCAGGCUUUUCCCCCUCUCGCUCAAACUCCCCAACGCCCGCCCCGUUCUGCUCAAGGAGUUUGUGGACAGAUUCGAAGAGUUUACUGCGGCUAAGGCUGCAGGCACUCCCACCCUUUCUAUCCGUAACGUCCCCAUGGAGUACGCGCCAGAGGACAUCCGCGCCUUCCUCCUGAACUCCACCAAGCCGGACGGUGCACAUUGGCUCGCCGACUUGACCAACUUCCAUCGCGCCUCUGACCCCUACGAGGGUACCUACUUCACUCACCUCGCUGGGCUCCCCGUUGCCACCCCUGACGACCCUCAUUUCGAUCUCAUUCCAUCCGAAAUCCUGCUGGAGGCUAACAAACCUCCUAUGCUCCUGAACUUCUCCUGCCACGUGUGCGCACUCUGCUCCAACAACCAUCGCGCAUCCGAUCAUGCGGCGUUCGCAGCCCGCCGCCGUCAGCGCCUCACGAACCGGAACACCAUUUCCAUUGCGCAACUGCAGCUGGCAAAUGGCAACCCUCCCCACCGGAACUCGCCCUCCCUGCCCCCAGCCAACUACCCCCCCUUUCGCCCCCUACAUCUCCCUCCUUGCUCCCCACCCCGUCAAGGACCAGGCUAUCACCCCGUCAGCCCCCUUCCCCCAUACUACCCCUCACCAUGCCCAAACAGGUUGCUUCCCUCCGCCCCGGCCUCCUCUCUCCCUCUGGCCAGGCUCUCACCUACCCCCGUCCCCUCCCCGCGCCUCUCCCCCCUCCCUGCACCUCCCUCCCCGCGCAGCCACGUCUCCCUCACGGACUUUCCCCUCUCAAACCUCUCCCUCACCACCCCCCCCUGCCCCAAACCACCUUCUCCCCCUGCCCCCCUACACCUAGAUUUUUGUCCUCCCCCGUGCCACCUCCGCCCCCCCCUCCUCCCCAUGAACGCUCCCUACCUCACAGGAAAUAUUCUGGGGAACCACGCCGCGCCAACCGCUUUCCGCAACGACCCCGGCCUCCUCUUCAUCGGGCUGGACGAUCAAGUCGAAACCUGGACAUGCGCCCUCUGCGAUUUUACCUGCGGCGCUGCCCUCGACAGCGCUAUGGACCACAUUCAGUCCGACGAGCACACCACCCGCGUGAAGGCUACGGUCCACCGCCCGGCAGCCAAGGAAGCUUUCGGCCCUUGGCGCGCCCUCACCAUGCAGCAGAAGCCUCAGAUCGCUGCCUUUCUCCGUGGCUGA